CUCUAUUUAAAAUCUUCAAAGCGGAAACAAUACCAAAUUGCUUGGGAACUUUAAUGACCCAAAUCUUACAUGGCACCGCCAAACUCAGCAUCCAUUCAUGGAAGCUAUGGCUGUUCCAGGCGGAACGAUGUACAACCAUGCGCCAACUCAAGGCCCUCCAAGCUGCUCUUACUGUCCAUGGUUUCCACAGAAACAGUUACGCUUUAAGCAAGCUCAUUGCCUUCUGCGCACUCUCUCGACAUGGCAAUCUCUCUUAUGCUUCCCUUUUAUUUAACCAAAUUGAGAUGCCCAAUUUAUUUAUUUACAACACUCUAAUUAGAGCGUAUUCUCGCAGUUCACAGCCUCGUUUGGCUCUACAUUAUUUUGAUAUCAUGUUGAGAGAUGGUAAUGUGAGGCCUCAAAAUCAUACCUUUCACUUUGUUCUCUUCGCAUGUGCUAAUGCUUGUUGGAACCUUUUGGGUAGGCAAAUUCACUGUUGGGUAUUAAAAAAUGGAAUUAUUUUAGCUGAUGGGCAUAUUCAAACUGCUGUUGUUAGAUUGUACGCUGGGUGUAAUCUCAUAAAUGAUGCACGCAAGACGUUUGAUGAAAUUCCUCUUCCAGAUGUUGUUCAAUGGAAUGUGCUCAUGAGUGGGUACGCUCGUUGCAAUUUGGCAAGUGAAGCUUUGAAUGCUUUUCGCUAUAUGUUUGUUAUGGGGGUCGAGCCAGAUGAAUUUUGUGUUACUACCGCAUUGAUGGCUUGUGCUCAAUCCGGGGCACUUGUACAGGGGAAAUGGAUUCACGAAUAUAUCAAAAAGAAAUCAUUAGAAUUUGACGUAUUUGUUGGAACAGCGCUUGUUGAUAUGUAUGCAAAAUGUGGAUGCUUAUAUAUGGCAGUGGAAGUCUUUGAGGGGAUGCCUAAAAGGAAUGCAUUCUCAUGGGCGGCCAUGAUUGGGGGGUUUGCAAUGCAUGGGCACGCGAGAGAAGCAAUUCAUUGCUUGGAGAGAAUGCAGGUGGAAGACAGGCUUAAGCCUGAUGGGGUUGUUCUCCUUGGGGUUUUAGUGGCCUGUACCCAUGCAGGAUUCCAAGAGGAAGGCUUAUUUCUUUUAGACAACAUGAAGGCUAGAUAUGGGAUCAUGCCUAGACAUGAGCACUACAGUUGUGUAGUGGACUUACUAUGCAGGGCAGCUCGAUGGGACGAAGCACUUGCUCUUAUAAAGAGAAUGCCCAUGAAGCCACUUGCUUCAGUAUGGGGGGCUGUAUUGAGUAGUUGUCGAACCCACAAGAAUGUGGAGCUGGCAGAACUUGCAGUUAAGGAACUAGUAAAGCUUGAUAAUGGUGAUAUAACAGAAGAAGCAGCAGCUUUAGUUCAAUUGACGAACAUUUAUUUGAGCGCAGAGAAAGGAGAAAAGGCAUGUACGCUACGCAGGACGUUCGGUGAAAGGAGGAUGAACAAACCACCAGGAUGUAGUAUGAUAGAAGUAAAUGGGAUUUCAAAUGAGUUUGUUUCUGGAGAUGUUUCACAUAAGGAUCUUCCUCAAAUACUUGCAAUACUGGAACUGUUAUUGCCAGACUUGAUAGUAGGGUAGUAUAAUUAGCUUUAGCUUAAUUAUCUCAAAUUAUUUUUUCUUGUGUCCUUUGCAGAAAACAAAAUAUUAUAUGGAAAAAGAAAGAUGUAACAGUUUUAAUAAGAAAGGAAUGAUUAUAUUUUAUGACAAA